AUGUGGUUUGCAGUGGGACCUGCUCUGUCGGGACUGGGGCUGGAGGGUCUGCCCAAGGCCUUGUUCGCCAUCAGACCUCAGGGCUGGAGGGACGAGCCGCGCAGGAGGAUCGCUAAAGGAGUGUCGGUGCUCACCCAUGGGGCCAUGGCUCUGAGGAGGGACCAGGGGCCCUUAGGGAGGACCCAGUACGCAGGGAACUGUCAAAGCGACGGCAACCACACCCACCGAGUGCCUGACCGCAUCAAGUAA